UUUACUUCUUAUAACCAAAUAUGUUGAAGUUUACAGAUAACAAGAAAUUUAUCAGAUUUGUAUCCCGGAAGGUUGAGAGAUAUUGGAUGAAUUCUAACUUAAUAAUAACAGUAUGUGUUGUUAUUAUGUUAUUGUUGAUGUACCAUCAGUUAACAGAUAACAUCCAUACACGACAAACAAAAUGUUCAAUGGAAGAACGAGCAGAUGAACUACCCAUAUUGUCAAAUAUUCUCGAUUAUAAAUCCAGGAAUAAAAUAUUGGAACAAUUUGGAUGGACAGCAACACGACCCCAGAAAAGAGUUAUCAUAGUUACAUACAUGCGCAGUGGUUCCUCCUUUACCGGAAGUAUAAUAGGCGCACACCCGGAUGUGAUUUAUUUUUUUGAACCUCUUCAUUCUAUGCACAAAUAUAAAGCCAAUUCUAGACGCUCCAGACCAUCCAUGUUUAUUUUAGAUAAUGCCAGGGACAUAUCGGAUAUGGGCUCAUCUGAAGAACUAACUCAGCAAAUUUUGGAAUCGUACCUCAAUUGUGAUUUUUUGAAACUAGAUUUGAAGACCUUACAAGAUAGGUUCCCUUUCCUGUAUCACCAAACGACUCCGUUUACGGCUUGUAGUCGCAGUAAUCCGGGGUUGAUGGGCGUUGUCCAGUGUCUAGCAACAUUGUAUAAACAAUGCACACAGUCGAGCGCAACAGCAAUAAAAACCAUCAGGACAUCGAUGUACACCAUCAGGCAACUUUUGAAAAUAGACACAAAUCUUAAAGUCAUCUAUCUUCUCCGUGAUCCAAGGGCGACAACUCUAUCCCAACUUUACCUAAAGCGCGCGGACCCGCCUCUUAAGUUAUACAACAGAACGUCACAGAAACUUUGUAACACGAUGUGGUUAGAUAUCGUCAUGGCAACCAAACUAAUGAAGCAGCAUCCGGAUAGAAUUAUAGGAUUGAUGUAUGAGGAUUUAAUUCGCGAUCCGUAUAAAAUAGCCAGAAGAAUGUUUGAAUUUAUUGGAUUAGAAUACGAUGACGACGUAACUGAUCAUAUUAAAGCCAUUACAAACGGAAAAAGGGACGGAAAAUGUGUCACGUGUGUCAGUCGGAAGAACUCGACGAAAACCGCGUUAAGGUGGCGACAGGAGAUAAAUUAUAAAGGUGUGUUAGCUGUGGAUGAGAAUUGUCAGAAAGUGUACCGAAUGACUGGGUAUUUACCGGUAUCAGGUAGUGACGUACUCCGCGAUAGGACUAUAGAUCUUCGUGUACCACCUAGACUCCCAGUUUUGGCUUAAUGUGUUGAAACUGACAGUUCUUGGUGUUGAUAUGAUACGAACAGGUUGAUUUAAUUAAAUUAUUUACACUUAAUUUGUUUAAAAUUGGUAAAAACAUGCAAUACAAACGUCUGUGUAUAUUAAAAGUCUCCUUAAAAUUGGUAAAAACACAAAAUAAAAAGUCCUUGUAUAUUAAAAAGUCAAUUUAAAGCACACUUAUAAAAUCGCUGUCGUGAGAAGAGAGGGCGGGUCA